AUGCAUCCCCGGAGUGUGUCUGAGCAGUUUGCGACUGCGCAACCCCGAUCUUCUGCAGGCAGGGAUUCGGUAUCCGGUCUUUCAAGACCCGGAGCGUCGUCCAGCAGCGGUGGCAGUAACCACACCCAUAACAGCCGGAAUAAGACCGUGACCUCGAUCCCUCCAAACCUCCUGCCGUCCGCACCGGCAUCGCCUCCUACACCUGCACCCAGUCCGACGCCUCAUCAGCGACCCCUAAAUUGGCAGUCGUCUGCUGAUGAUGAGGAUGACGCGUUUUUGGUUAAUGCUCGCAUGCAUUUCUCCUCCCUGCCGAAUGCGAAGAAACAAAAGUUUUUGAUGGGCAUAUUGGGUCUCUGCGAUAGCCAGCAACUCAGUUUCGUUUCGAGUUUUGUCAGUCCGCGGUUGAGGAAGGAUCCUUUUAUGGUGUUUCCGAAUGAGUUGUGCUUAAGGGUACUCUCCUUCAUCGACGAUCCUCAGACCCUUGCAAGAGCAUCCCAAGUAUCGAGACACUGGCGGGAACUGUUGAGUGAUGAUAUCACAUGGAAGAACCUCUGUGACAAGCAUGCAUAUGUAUACCGUCGAUUUUCCGAGGAUGGCCAGAGCUUCGUCGACCCUUUCCAUAGCCAGCCCCUACAGACGAAUUCGAAAGCACGCUCGUUUAAUGGGCUACGAGAGAGAUCUAGCCUGUCCGAUCCUUCUCGAGAUUUAUCCCGUACCCUCUCCGGAAACUGGCCCGUGACAUCCUUGUCGAGUAGCACCCCGUCUCGAAAACGCCGUCCCCGACCAGCAUCCUACCGAUCUCAUUUCAAACAAAAGUACAUGGUUGAGUCUGCGUGGAAUAAAGGUGGGAAAUGCACGCAGCAUGUUACGCCCGAUUUAGGGGUGGUCACGACUCUACACUUGACGCCAAAAUACAUUAUCUUCGCCAUGGACAACGCUAAGAUUCAUGUGUAUGAUACCAACGGAAACAACCAUAGAACCCUGCAGGGCCACGUGAUGGGUGUCUGGACGAUGGUUCCAUGGGAUGACAUUCUGGUCAGCGGUGGUUGUGACCGUGAAGUUAGAGUUUGGAACAUGGCAACCGGGGAGAGCCUUCAUUUACUACGUGGUCAUACAUCAACUGUUCGUUGCUUACAGAUGUCGGAUUCGAAGACAGCAAUCUCAGGGUCCAGAGAUUCGACGCUGCGGAUAUGGGAUCUAGCCACGGGUACAUGUCGGAAUGUUCUUGUUGGCCAUCAGGCAAGUGUCCGGUGUCUUGCAAUCCAUGGAGAUACUGUCGUCUCUGGUAGCUACGAUACCACUGCGCGGAUUUGGAGCAUUUCGGAAGGACGAUGCCAGCGUACUCUGUCCGGUCACUUCAGUCAGAUCUACGCAAUUGCCUUUGACGGGAAACGGAUCGCAACGGGAAGUCUUGACACAAGCGUUCGCGUGUGGGAUCCGCACACGGGCCAGUGCCAUGCUAUCCUACAAGGGCAUACAUCUUUGGUUGGGCAGUUGCAGAUGCAGGGCGACACACUGGUGACUGGAGGCUCCGACGGCUCAAUUCGGGUCUGGUCAUUAACCAAAAUGGCGCCUAUCCAUCGCUUAGCCGCCCAUGACAACAGCGUCACGAGUCUUCAAUUCGAUAGCAGCCGUAUUGUGAGUGGUGGUAGCGAUGGUCGGGUCCGGAUCUGGAGUCUGCAAACCAGUCAACUGCUACGUGAACUAUCCGCGCCUGCACAGGAUGUCUGGCGCGUUGCAUUUGAAGAGGACAAGGCGGUGAUCAUGGUAAACCGGGGUGGCCGCACCGUGAUGGAGAUUUGGACCUUCUCGCCGCCUCCGGAGGACAGUGGAAAAGAAGCCGUGAUUGUCGAAAGCGCCUCGAGUACGCCAGGUAUCUGUACUUCCACAAUCAACAAUGACGACGGGCUUGCAGAGAGUACGAACAGGCAGAGAGCGCUGUUCUCGGCACCUCCACCUGACGUGGCCCUGAACAGCGAUGACGACCAAAUGAUGCCUGAUGCUCCAUGA